GAAAAUAAAACCAAAUAAACAAAGAACUUCCGAGACUCCCACCCCUGUGGUUUCCCUCUCAUUCUCGAGCUCUCGAUUCUUCCCUUCCCUCUUCUCGCUAAGUCCUUUACCUUUUUCCGGAUCGAAGACCAAAGCCCUAACCCUAAUUUUCCAAAACCCUAGCUCUCCCAGACUCGAAUGUCGGAAUUCCUUCCCCAUUCGCGUCGAUCGAGCUUCUAAUCUCGUUCUUCAUCACGAUCUCCAGCAAGAAUCCCUGAUAUAGGGUUUCAGAUCUCCUUCAAGAAGAUGAGAUCUGGAACCAAAAUCCGGCUUCUUUUGGCCUUACUCUCGAUCCUUUUUGUCUUGGCGAUCCCCUCGGAAUCAGCCGUCGCGAGCAUAGAUCUCGGCUCCGAAUGGAUGAAGGUGGCGGUGGUGAACCUAAAGCCCGGGCAGAGCCCGAUCUCCAUCGCUAUCAACGAGAUGUCCAAGCGGAAGUCCCCCGCCCUCGUCGCCUUCAACGGUGGUAAUCGUCUCGUCGGCGAGGAGGCCGCCGGGAUCGCGGCGCGGUACCCCGACAAGGUCUACUCCCAGGUGAGGGACAUGAUUGGGAAGCCGUACAAGUACGUCAAAGAUCUCGCCGAUUCCCUCUACCUCCCCUACAGUUUAGUGGAGGAUUCCAGAGGGGCGGUUCGUGUCAAGAUCGAUGACGGGCUCACCGUCUACACAGCCGAGGAGUUGCUUGCCAUGGUCCUUAGUUAUGGAAUGAGCUUGGCUGAGUCGCAUGCGGGGAUUCCGGUGAAGGAUGCUGUGAUCUCUUUGCCGCCGUAUUUUGGGCAGGCGGAGCGGAGGGGAGUGCUUCAGGCGGCGCAGCUUGCGGGGAUCAACGUUUUGUCUCUCAUCAACGAGCAUGCUGGUGCUGCUUUGCAGUAUGGGAUUGAUAAGGAUUUCUCAAACGAGUCCCGGUAUGUCAUAUUUUAUGAUAUGGGCUCAAGUAGUACCUAUGCUGCUCUGGUUUACUUCUCGGCGUAUAAUGCAAAGGAAUUUGGGAAGACUAUAUCUGUGAACCAGUUUCAGGUCAAGGAUGUUAAAUGGAAUGCUAAACUUGGAGGCCAAGAUAUGGAAUUUCGUUUGGUUGAGUAUUUUGCUGAUGAGUUUAAUAAGCAAGUAGGAAAUGGAGUUGACAUAAGGAAGUCUGCUAAAUCAAUGGCUAAAUUGAAGAAACAGGUGAAGCGUACCAAAGAAAUUUUAAGUGCCAAUACAGUGGCACCAAUAUCUGUUGAAUCUCUGUAUGACGAUCGUGAUUUCAGAAGCACAAUAACACGGGAGAAAUUCGAAGAACUUUGUGGGGACUUGUGGGAACAAGCUCUGGUUCCUGUAAAAGAAGUGCUCAGAGAUUCAGGCUUAAAGAUGGAUGAAAUUUAUGCAGUGGAGCUGAUAGGUGGAGCAACUCGUGUGCCAAAAUUACAGGUUAAGCUUCAGGAGUUUCUUGGAAGGAAAGAUCUGGACAAACAUCUUGAUGCUGAUGAAGCAAUAGCUCUUGGUGCAUCACUGCAUGCUGCAAAUUUGAGUGAUGGCAUCAAGCUAAACCGUAAGCUAGGAAUGAUUGAUGGCUCUUCUUAUGGCUUUGUACUUGACUUAGAUGGCCCAGAUCUUGUGAAAGAUGAAAACAGUGAUCUUUUACUUGUACCACGAAUGAAGAAAAUGCCUAGCAAGAUGUUCAGGUCUAUCAAACAUAGCAAGGACUUUGAAGCUUUACUAAGUUAUGAAAACGUGAAUGAAUUGCCUCCAGGAGUUUCUUCUAACAAGUUUGCUCAUUAUUCAGUAUCGGGUCUGACUGAAGCCAGUGAGAAGUAUUCAACUCGCAACCUCUCUGCCCCCAUCAAAGCAAAUCUACAUUUUUCUCUGAGCAGGAGUGGAGUUAUUUCUCUUGAUCGAGCAGAUGCAGUGAUUGAGAUAUCUGAAUGGGUAGAAGUUCCUAAGAGAAACAAGACAAUCGAAACUGAUGUUACCAGUAAUCUCAACAUAUCCACUGAAACAAGCCCAGCAAACAGUUUAGAAGUCAACAAGGAAAGCUUGGAUGCUGAGAAUGAAACCAACAACUCCGCCAUAGAUGAGCAGGGUAGUGCAGAUGUUAUAACAGAAAAGAUAUUUAAAAAGAGAACCUUUAGGGUUCCACUGAAGAUGGUGGAGAAGUCAGCUGGCCCUGGGGCAAUACUUUCAAAGGAUUUAUUUUCUGAAGCCAAGCUAAGGUUAGAGGUGCUUGACAAAAAGGAUGCUGAAAGAAAAAGGACUGCAGAACUCAAGAAUAACCUGGAGGAAUAUAUAUAUUCCACAAGAGAAAAGAUUGAGGAUAAUUUGGAGAUAAAGAAACUUUCAACGGAACAAGAGCGUCAGUCCUUUGUGGAGAAACUUAGUGAGGUUCAAGAAUGGUUGUAUACUGAUGGUGAAGAUGCUUCAGCAAGUGAGUUCAAAGAGCGUCUUGAGUCACUCAAAGCCAUUGGGGACCCAAUAUUUCUCAGAUUGAGUGAGUUUUCCGCACGACCAGUUGCUUCUGAACAUGCGCGAACAUACCUUGAUGAGCUGCAAAAGAUUGUAAACAAAUGGGAGACAAAUAAACCGUGGCUUCCUAAAGCUAGAAUAGAUGAGGUUCUGAGUGAAGCUGACAAAUUCAAAAGUUGGUUGGAAGAGAAAGAGGCCCUACAAAAGAAGACUUCCGACUUCAGCGAACCAGUCUUCACAUCUUCUGAAGUUUAUGUAAAGAUUUCCAAACUCCAAGAUAAGGUUGCAAGUGUCAAUAGAAUUCCAAAACCAAAACCAAAGAUUGAGAAACCUCCGAAGGAAGAGUCGGGGAGCAACGAGAACAGCACAAAUGACUCGAACACCACAUCUGACGAGACCACUUCUCAGACUGAGCAACUGGAAGAAGACAGCACAAAUGCCUCAAACUCUGCAUCUGAUGAGACCACUUCUCAGACGGAGCAACCUACACAAGAUACUGCCAGUUCAUCCAAGACUAGUGCAGAUACAGAAACUGAACCCCAUGAUGAGUUAUGAUCAUACGGUCGCUAACGCACAGCAAGUUCAAAAAUAUGGCUAGACGGAUGGUGAACUGCAUCUCAGGAACAUCUCAUAAAUAGGUGACUUUAGGCUGUCCUCUUUUACUAGCAAAUAUGCUUUGUUGGUGAUUAAAGUAGAAGCAGGCUGAAGUGGCUUCUGCACCCUACAGUUUUGUUAGACCCUAAAGCAUCAGGCCAGGAUUUUCCCGUUUGAGUUAAUGAUUCAGCCCAUCACUAUGAUCCUAUUUUUUCCGUUUUUAGAUUGUUAGACUGGUUAUGUCGUCCUUGAUGACUGCAAGGUAGACAGGUAUUUUCGGUUUCCUUUUUUUUUUUUUUUUUUCACUUUGCUAAUUACAUUAGUCAUCCCCAUAUAUGAGCAAGGGUUGUCUUGUACUUUUAACAUUAUUGGGUAUACAAAGUUCCAAUCCAAUUGGCUUAUGGUUCUUGUAA